CGUCACAUGCUCCGCGGCCGGAUGAUGGCGGGCGCUGCUGAAGAUUUGCGAGCGCUCUUCGGGGUUGCUGUCCGCGCGGCGCUGGAGGCCUGGCCCGCCUUGCAGAUCGCUGUGGAGAACGGCUUCGGGGGUGUGCACAGCCAGGAGAAGGCUGAGUGGCUGGGGGGUGCAGUGGAGGAGUACUUCUUCCGCAAUGCUGACUUGGAGCUAGAUGAGGUGGAGGACUUCCUCGGGGAGCUAAUGACAAACGAGUUUGAUACGGUUGUGGAGGAUGGGAGUCUGCCCCAGGUGAGCCAGCAGCUACAGACCAUGUUCCACCACUUCCAGAGGGGUGAUAGGGCUGCUCUGAAGGAGAUGGCCUCUCUCAUCACCCAAAGAAAGUGCAAGGUCAGAGCCACCGUACUGACGACAGCCAGAGAGACUGAUGAGGAUGAUGAUGCAAACAGCGUGGAGGAGAUGGAGGUCGCAGCUACGAAUGAUGGGGCAGCUACAGAUGGGGUCUGCCCCCAGCCUGGUCCAGACUCCCAGACUAUUAAGGAAGAGGAGAUAGUGGAGGAUGGCUGGACCAUUGUCCGGAGAAAGAAAUGAGUGGGGCUGGAAAUAGUCUGGGUCCUUGUUUGCUAGUUGUUUGGGGCUUGUUUGUAGGGGUUUUUUGGAGGGUCAUGGACCUCUGGACUGGUUACCCCAUCUCCACCCUCUCCCAUUCCCCUGUCCAGCUCCUUCCAGGGAAGAAGAGCCCAAGGGUCUUUGGUCUUGGGGUGGUCUGAGUGAUGAGGCCUGGUUUCCCAGCAAAGUGCCACUUGGGUGCAGUCAGUGUGAAGAGGGAGGGAUGAGUGGGUAUGGGCGUGACUAGAGGAAAAGCUAAACGCUGGCUGGUAGUAGACAGGUGGAUGUGUGAAGGGAGAGGACCAACAGGAGAACCAGUAUUCCCGCUGGGUAAGGAAUGUUAAGAUGAGCUUGCUCAUGGUUAGUUGAUGAUGUGAACGGAAGUAGCUGUGGUACCUCUCCCUCGCUUCCCCCUGCCCCCACACAGAGCAGCUGUAUGCCCCUGCCCAGAAAUUGGAACCUCCCAGGAAUGCUUGCUUCCUGCAGCCCAGUGUCCAGCCCUGGGCUCCUUCAGGAUGUCUAAGACCUUGUCUAGGCAGUGAGCUCGGGGGACCUGGGGCUUUGUUUUCUGUCUCCUUCAACCUCUUUUCAAACUCCUCAUCCCAUUGAAGUCCAGGGAUGAGGCUUAAGACCUCAAUAAAUAAUACCUUAUUGUUUAAUUUGUGGCUUGACCUGUGAGUAGUCUUGGAAUCAGCCUUCUGGGAGCUGAGCUUCAGAGCUCAGCAAGGGAGCAGUUUCUGGGCCCACCCCAGCAGCCUGGUACUUUGGACAAACAAACGGACGAAUGGAGCACAGCAGCGCUCUGAACGUUUCCGUAAGCCUGAAAUAAACUGUAUUUUUCUUUAAAAAACAAAACAAAGAGUAUUCAUUGUCCUCCCCGCCCCCCACCCCCACCCCCGUUCCCCUGUCCUGCCCGGUGGCCCUGCCAUGGGUCUGGACGAUAAAAUACUGGGUAGCCUGGGGCCAGGUAGAAGCUGUAAGCCGUGGGAGAGGCAGGAGGUCACCACCCCAUGUAGCAUCAUACAUGUGAAGACACUGGUUGAGGGGGCAGGGGUGGGCCAGGACCAUGGGGUCAGUGGCAGAGCUGGCACUUGAAUCCAGAUCUCCUGCCUCUGGUGCUUUGGGGGGAAUUGGGUGGAGGCAGGAGCUGUAGGGUAUUGAGGGGUUAGGGGGAAAUGGCCUAAUUCAGGCAGGUCUAGCAACAGCUCCCACCCUCCCUGGAGGACAGGGUUUAAAAAAUUUAACAUCACUGUAGGAAUAUUUGUUUUAAAAGCCCAGGUUUUGUGAAAAGAUGAAUUAAAAAACCCAAGACCCAGCAUUCAGGAUUGAAAGUGCCCAUGAUGGGAGUUCAAGUAUUGACUGAGCUGGGAGAGAGCGGGCUGGGGCCCUCAAUUGGACAUGGGCAGCUAGAGUGUGGGGCAGGGGGCCCCAGUUACCCACAAACCCUCUAGGUCUUGUCUCGGGUCUGGGGGGCUUCAGAGGGUUCUGCCGUGGCUCCUGAAGCUGCCACUGGUGCCUCCUCCAUCUCUCUGUCCUCAGACAGUGUGGGCCCUGGGCAGAACGUGUCCCCACGGCCUGCCCGGCCAAGCACAGCCAUCCAGCGCCGCUGCAGCUCCUCUGUCUCAGGACUGAAGUACCAGCUCAGGUGGCUCUGGGUGAUCUUGAAGACAUGCCGUCUGUCAGGCCGUUCCCCAGCCUCAGGAGGCCCCACCUCAAAGCCAAUGAGGGGCAGGCUGCGCUGGGCUUUCACAUCCUGGGGGACAGGGACAAAGCCAGGGGUCACCUAGGGGUUGGGCUUCUCACUGGUUUUGUAUCUGCUAAACCCCUCUUUUUCUUCCCUUGCUCAAGAACCUUAUGUGGCUUCACUGAGCAACAGGAAAAUGUCUGAACUGGGGCUAGAACGCAGGCUGGUUCAAAUACCUCUUUCCUUCCACACCCCAAACCAGGUGGGCUAGUCUCUUUAGCAUAUAAUGUUUUCCAGCCUUUGGGCUGUUGCCCCCCAUCUGCAUCUUCCCCAUUCCAAAUUGGAUUAAGCAGUGCCUUGUCUCCACUACAGCUUCCUCCAAGAAGCUAGCCCUCCCACAAGUCACCGACUUUUCUCUACAUAAGUUGACCCACAGUCACUCCUUGUCUCCAGCCAGUCUUUGUCUCACAAGGGUGGGGGCUUCUGAUUUCUCCUUAGGUUCACCCUAUCCUCCAAGGUCAAGGAGAGGUGAAGGACUCAUGUGAAAGGAGGGCAGCCUGGUUUUGCCAGGUGGCUGAAAGGACCCAAAGGAGUAGGAUGCACACCUGAGGGGCUCCGUAGAUGUACAGCACCAAGGGUUCGUUCUCAGGGACCACAAACCAGGCCUUGUGCCAGCCUUUCCCGCCCUUCUCCAUGUAGUGCAGGAAGCUGCAGAUGACGCUGUUCUCCGCAGCCACUGAGGCCUGUUUCUGUGGCCAGAGACAUGGGGGGCAUCAAUGUUGAUAGGAGGCCUAGCCUGGCUCCUCUUGGCUUCAACACCCCCUCAGCAUAGGCAUUGCUAUUUCCAUGUCUCAGAGGAGGAUGCUGAAGCUCAGGUGGCAGGAGUGAUUUGCCUGUUGUCACUCAGUCAGAGUCGAGAUUCAAAGCCAGGCUUGUCUGCCAGAUUUGGGCCAUGGCUGCUGCCUCUAAGAGUUGCUGGGAGGGGUGUGUAGCGCUCAGUGGGGGCACCUAAAUGCCAGUCAGGCAUUCUUCCAUCAGUCCAUUUAUUCCUCAAGUCAUUUAUGCAUUUACACUUCAUCUUUUUUUUCAUCUUUCAUCACAUGCAUUCCCUGCACUCAGCGAGAAGCAACCUAGCGUUGUGGUUAAGG